AUGGUGAUCGGUGGGGCCGCAGGGGAGGAGGACUGCCGAGAUUCACUCUGGGGACGGGAGGCUUGGCUUAACCGCCCGGCCUACGAGGAAGACAACCUCUUCAAAAUCACCCCUAAUCCCAAGCGGCGGGGACGCCGUGAGGGGAUGCGUGACUGGAGGGUAGACCAGUCGUUAGCGUUCCUCCCGCCAGAGUACCGGCCGACACUCUGGUGGGUUACCCCGGUAGGCUUACCCGGGCACAGGGGGCACUGCUCGGGUGGACUUGUUUUUUCCCCCAUACUCGUGGGAACUUUUAUGGAGUCUAAAAUUAUAAAAAAUUUAAAAGAAGGAUGUCGUCAAGGCAAGAAGGAGCGAGAAGUAGAGGGGGCGACCUCGGAGUCCGAUUCUUCGAUGGGCACUGCCCUUUCGGGGAGCGAGAGUGAGGUAGAGAAUGUUCCGGAGGCAAUGUCGGUCAAGCCAUCGACUUCGCGGAGGGCGCGGGGUACUCGCACGCGGGGGAGACCGCCCACCACCGGUGAAUAUGUUGGGCUUGCUAAAGCUAAGGAGGAACUGCUGGCUCUUAAACGUCAGGAGUUCCUUUUAGAUGCAGAGGCACAGGUAGUGCGGGCUGCUAAGAAGGCACGCACCCUAAGGGCGCCUGAGCAGGAGAUGAAGUCAGCUGAGGCUCUGACAGCAGAGUAUGAAAAGCUGCCUGCUGGCCAAAUUAAAGAGAAGGUGGAGGCUGAGGUUGCCCUUAUCAGGACUGUGGCCACUAAGUCUGGCAACCUUAAGGGCACCUUCGUCAAGGAGCUCAAGCAGGCAGCUGUCUCUGUCUCGGUAGCCGUGGAGGCUUUAAUUAAACGCUCCUCCACUGAAGAGAUGAGCAAAUUGCAGGCCGAGAAUCGGCAAAUGCGGGAGGAAAAUUCUAAGCUAUCCUCUUUAGUGGAGGAGUUGCGCCGUGAGGUGGCUGACCUGAGGGCCGAGGUCAAUUUGUGGCAAAGAAAUGCUCCGGAGAAGGUAGCGUCCGUAGAUGCACCGGUCAUGCGCGGCGACUUAGAGCGGAUUGUCGCGGAGGUUGCCCGCAAAGCUGUGGCGGAGGAGCGCCGACGGUCCUGCACUCAGUCUGAUGAGCCGAUGGUGCCCAGUGAAUCUGCAGCUCCGGGUGCAAGGGUGAUGGUGCUGGCACCGCAGCCUCCUCAGAAAGUGGAGAAGAAGAAAAAGAGGAAGAAAAAGAAGGCAGGAAAGGAAGCGCCAGCUGCCUCUGCACACGCGGAACGAUUGGCCUCUCUGGCUGCCGGCUCCCACCCAGAGACCCAACAGGAUGAAGGCUGGGUAAAGGUGACCAGGAGGUCCAGAAAGGUGCCGAAACCUGUGCAGGGCCGUGCUGAAGCGGCAAGCCAGGUGUCCCAGAGGCCCAAAGGACGACAGGCGCAGUUGCAGCCCAAAUUGCGUCCCCCCCGCUCGGCUGCAGUUUUGAUACAACUGCAGCCAGAUGCGCAAAAGCGAGGGGUGACUUAUAAAGAGGUUCUCUCCGAUGCCAAAAGCAAGCUUCGGAUGAGUGAGCUGGGCAUUGGAGGGAUCUCCAUUAGGGCGGCCAGGACUGGAGCUCGGCUACUUGAGAUUCCGGGCCUCGACCGUGGUGCCAAAGCGGACGCCCUUGCCAAGAGGCUUGGAGAAGUCUUGGACGCAGCCACGGUCAAGGUAUCUCGUCCGGUCAAGUGUGCUGAGCUUCGAGUCCUGGGUUUGGACGACUCUGCCUCGCAGGAGGAAGUGCAGGCAGCAGUCGCUGGCGUUGGUGGAUGUGCUGUGGAUGCUGUUCGGGUCGGUGAAAUCCGGCUUGGUCGCUCCGGGAAGGGCACGGCCUGGGUCAGGUGUCCAGUGGAGGUGGCCAGGAAGGUGAUGGCCGGCCCACUUGUGGUUGGUUGGGUUUCGACGAAAGUCAUAGUGCUUCCGCCGAAGCCCCUGCGGUGCUUCCGAUGCCUGGAAACAGGUCAUGUGAGGGAGGAAUGCACCGCAGAGGUCGACCGCAGUGGACUGUGCUAUAGGUGUGGCUCCACUGGACACUUGGCCCGGGAUUGUGACAGUGCGCCCCGCUGCACAGUAUGUGCAGAGGCUGGCAGGCGUGCUGAUCACAGGGUGGGCGGUAAGGCGUGUGUUGCCCGUCCACAACGGCAGAGAGGAAGGAGGCCGCGGGCGGCUGCCAUCGGGCAGUCGCAGUUGGCUGUGCAGCCACACACUGCUGAGCGGGAGGAGACAAUGGCAAACCGCUGA